GAUCGGGUAUUUCUGCACAUCUCCAGUCUGAUUUGGCAAGCGAGAUUAGCUCCGCCUGUACUUGCUAGGAUUAAUGGGUCUUCGGCGAAUUCUGUAAACUGCAGCCAGAUGACACUUCCUCCGCAACACAAGGCCGUACAAACGAACACAUCUCAUUCUGGGAACGGUCCACAGGUCACCCGGUUGAUAGUACAAGCCGGCUUGGAUGUGGCAGUGUCGCCCAUCAUCGCCGAUUUUUGUGUACCAAAUUCCAUUAGAGCCGGAAGUUCUGCGGGAGUAGCAGGCCCAGUAGAUAUUCUGUCAAGUGCAGGUGGACUGUUGCGAGUCACGCUGUUUGAUCCGGACAAGCAGAGAAGCAUCGCCUUCCGUGCCUACUAUGGGGAGGGGAGUAGUGCCUGUGGUGGUGAUUUCGAUUUGGAGCAUGGAAUCUUGGCGAGUCCUCACUAUCCCGCCUCUUCUGAGGAGUUCGCUGACUGUGUGUACCGCGUAAGAGUGUCGCCUGGCGGAAUGAUACGCUUCUUCAUAAGGUGA